CGUCAGAUAGGAUUUACCCGAAGCGGCAGCUAGCGCAUCGGGCAGACCGGCAGACGAACCCUAGCGAUAGUGAGCACCACGGCGGCGUGCUCACCACUGGGGGCUCAACAGCUCGGCCUCGCUGCUUCGCCAGUUCGCCACGCCGCCGGCGCCACUUCGCCGUCCUACGCUCAACCUCGCUGCAUCGCCACGCCUCGGCGCCGCUCCGCCGUCCGGCGAGCGGCCUGCUCAGCUCCUUGCCCGUCCGACGCCGUACCCACCGGCCCUCGCAGGUUUCAGCCUCCUGCUUCCCGGCGUUCUCCGUCCCCGCACAAGCACAACCUAGUAAAGCUUCAGUUGUGUUGCCUAGCGGUGGAGUGCAAUUACAAGAAGCUUCAUUCUGUCUAUCAAGUGGAUUUUGAGUACUCGUGAAUGGAGCAUACAUGUAUGUAGAACAAAAUGUCCAGCAACAGCGGCGGUGGUGCAAAGGAGAAGGGUCCCCAAAUUGCAAUGCCGCUUGUGCCACCUCCCUUAGUCCAGAAUUCUAUGCCUACUGAUGCUUCAGAUGGCCCCACCACUGAUCUGAGAUUAGCACAACAGUCCUGGCCUGGACAUGUAGUCAUGCUUCCAUGCACAUCUUGGCCUCCUCAUGUGUCCUUAUCUCAACCAUUGAAUCCUGCGUAUCCACAACAAAAUGGGGAAGCAGUGGCGGAUGUGGUGGCAGCCGAUGUUCUUCCUGUGAUUAAUAGCUGUGAUGAGAAGAUGUUGCCGGAAGUAAAUAUGCUAUUUGAUGACGAGAAUAAUGCUUAUGAGUUCUACAAUAUUUAUGCGGAGAAGGUGGGCUUCUUUGUUCGGAGAUCAACACUCUGGACAACAUCAAAGAACAUCAUAACUAGGAGGACAUUUGUUUGCUCAAGAGAAGGUUUUCGGGAGAAGAAAAAGGGUGCCAAGGAAUCAAAGAGCCCACGGCCUGAAACAAGAAUUGGUUGCCCAGCAAGCAUGACCAUUAGGCUUACUCCCAAUGGCAAGUACCGUUUGACAGAAUUUGUACCGAACCAUAACCAUCAGUUGGCAACAGCUUCUACGAUUCAUCUGUUGAAAGCAAAGAAAAUUAGGCGUAAAGCACGGGCUGUGAGAGAAAAUCUGGUGGAUGAUACUGUGGUAACGCCAGAGUUUGAAAAUGAAGAUGAAGCAUAUGAAUUUUACAGCAUGUAUGCAGGGAAAAUUGGAUUUAACGUGAGAAGGGCAAGCAUGACGGUAAAUGCUGAAAACAUUAUCACUAGAAGGAUGUUUGUUUGUUCAAAAGAAGGGUUCCGUGAGAAGAAAAGAGGAACAAAUAGAGUAAAGAAGCCUCGUCCAGAGACACGCACUGGUUGCCCAGCGUGUAUGGUCAUCAGACUUGCAUCUAACGGCAAGUAUAAUGUCACAGAGUUUGUCACCUUCCACAAUCACGGUCUUGGCGCCGCAGCAGCUUCUGAUCUCGUGAUGACAUCACUGACGGCUGGAAAUUAUCAAGAUUGUGGAGUAGAUUUGUAUGAUGAAUCACUAGACGAUUGUUAUGGCAAGCAAGAUCUUAUCAAAGAUGAUGCCACUUCAAACUGUCUAGAAGGUAGAAGUUGGAAAAGGUACAAGUGUAAAGUUCCUCACUAUGGUGAUGUAGGUGCCACUCUGGAGUAUCUACAAAAGAUGCAACAUGACAACCCUUCGUUCUUCUAUGCAGUAAAAUCUGAUGAAGAUGGGAACUUGACAAAUUUUCUUUGGGCAGAUUCCAAGUCCAUCAUGGAUUUUACCCACUUUGGUGAUGUAGUAUGCCUUGAUUCAGGGUAUGCAGUGCAAGGCUAUGGUAGGCCGAUUGCUUUGUUUACAGGUCUGAAUCAUCAUAGGCAAACUGUCAUCUUUGGUACUGCAUUACUUUAUGAUGAGAGCUUUGAAGCUUUCAGAUGGCUAUUUGAUACUUUUAAGAUGGCAAUGGAUAGUACCCAUCCCAAGACAUUGUUAACUGAUAGAUCGGCUGUGAUAAGUGAAGCUGUUGCAGUAAGUUGGCCUGAGACAGCACACCGUUUUUGUGUUUGGCAAAUUUACCAAAAUGCUCUUCAACAGUUAAAUCAAGCAUUCCAUGGGUCAAGAACUUUAGAAUACAACUUCAAGAGAUGCCUAUUUGAUUGUGAAGAUGAGGCUGAGUUUUUGAUGGCAUGGAGAGAAAUGUUGAAAAAUCAUGACCUAGAAGAUAAUCAAUGGCUAGCAGAUUUGCUUGCUGUUAAGGAGAAAUGGGCAUUACCAUAUGAUCGUGAGGCAUUUUACGCUGAUAUGAAAAGCGUCCAACAGAAUGACAACUUGAGUAGUGAGCUUAAAAUGUAUUUAUCCCUAGAGUUCGACCUUUUGAGUUUCUUCAUGCAGUUUGAAAAAUUAUUAUGUGAUCGUCGGUCUGCAGAACUGCAAUUUGAUGUGAGUGCCAGUCAGAGCACAAAGAAGCCACCUUCGAUGCGAAUAUUAAGGCAAGCUGCAAAUGUGUAUACACCUGCUGCCUAUAGAAUGUUUGAAAGGGAGUUUGAAUUGUACAUGGAUUGCAUGCUAUAUAACUGUGGCGAGAUGGGCACAAUUUGUGAGUAUAGGAUAACUGUCGAGGACAAUCCAAAAGAUCAUUUUGUUAAGUAUGAUUCGCUCAAUUCCAUGUCAUAUUGUAGUUGCAAGAGGUUUGAGUUUGUAGGCAUUCCAUGUCGCCAUAUGCUGAAGGUACUUGACACUAGGAAUAUCAAGGACAUUCCUCCUCAGUACAUCUUGAGAAGGUGGAGGAAAGAUGCCAGAUCAGGAUCUUCAAAUGGUGGUUACGCAUACUCUUUUGAUGGUGACCCUCAGACAAAGCGUCACACUUUAUUGUGUCGAAUAUUCAGUAUAGCAGCGGCUAGAGCUGCAACCUCUGCUGAAUCAUUUGCGUACAUGGAAAGCCAAUCAAGCAUACUUAUGGGUCAAGUGGAACAAUUUCUUGAAAACAACCCCCCUGACAUAGCUGCUCUUAUUGGUGCUAAUUGUGACCGUACUCAAAUUCCAGUUGAAAAUAUGAUCACAGACGGUCUGCACAAUCAUACUAAUAACUUUAUCAAUGGCUCUGCUGAUGAUUCUCUAACCUUUCCCUUCACAAUGGGUGCUGGUACGUUGGAUUACCGCUAGACAGGCGCUGGAUGAUGUUAUAUCUGGCUGUCAUACCAAUUUGGUGGUGCGUAGAAAUAACCAAUGAGCUGGGAAUAAUGAUGACGGACUUACCGGUUGUGCAGAUAAUUUUUGAAUAGAUUUCUUAAGGCUGUUAGAACUUUUCCGAUCCAUUUCAUAACUUAUGAUUUGUCCAGUUUUUCCUACCGCAUGCCCCAUGGUGCCUCGGACCGAUUAAAUACCAAGGUCACAUGUUCGACAUCCAAGCGGCAAUGACUUUCCAGUAGAUGAUGAAACGGGUGAUGCAUUUUGUGUGUGUUGUGCCUGUGUUGAUGGUGCAUGUCUCUUCAAUUGUUUGGUCGCCUGUAGAUGGUAUGGGCGAAUGAAUAUUCAUGUCAUCUUUACAUCUGUGAUAUUCUGUUUACACUUUUCAA